AUGGCCAGCAACUCUGCUCAAAUCGACCUGUCCUGGCACCCACCCAACGCCACCUCAGUGAAUAACCUCACCGCUGUCCUAAACGACAGCGGCGUUUACGGACUGCUCAUCAACCCAGUCACCCCAUCAGAAGUCCCUUACUCAACCUACAACUACUGCAACAUGCCCCAUGUCCGCCGCCAGGAAUACCAACCUGCUCCACCAGAGUACAAGCUGGAAUAUGUGGAGGUGAUCCAACGACACCACAAGCGUACGCCCUACGCGUCGAACACCUUUCCCAAGGAGAACUACGCUUGGACGUGCGAUGACGAGGCGUUGCUGUUCUACGGUGUGCCGUACCCGGAUGGGACCGCUGCGCAGGUCGCGUGGGGGGUGUAUACGACGGAGUUGAAUCCAUUUGCGCCGGCGGAAUUUAAUGGGACGUGUCAGUUCCCGCAGCUCACUGCUGGUGGGCUCAACGAUAGUCGGGUGCAUGGAACUGAUCUGUCUGCGGUGUAUCACGACAAGCUCAAUUUCCUGCCUGAGGUGUAUGAUUCAGCCAAAGUGCAGUUUCGGGUGACGAACAAUGUAAUCACGAGUCAGGUGGCCGGGCAGGUUGUCUUGGGGAUGUUUCCCGAUACUGCGAACACGACUGUCCAAGUGAAGAUCCAGCCGGAUUCGAUCGAUAGUUUGGAACCGACCUAUUCAUGUCCACGCUCGGACGCGCUGAGGGAGAUGUAUGGCGUAGGAUCAAACUUUACGAAUUGGACGGACCAUCUUACUGCGCCGGCUACACAGGCGCUGUUUGCACGGCUUGAGACAGUCAGCAACGUAAACAGCUCAAGUGAGGCGGAUGACUGGUAUAGUUGGUUCGACCACUACUUCGACAACCUCUCUAGCAGACUAUGUCAUGAGAAGCCGCUUCCUUGCACGGCGGAUGGGAACGAGACGUGUGUGAGUCAAGAAGACGCGGACGCGGUGUUUCGCAGGGGGAUGUAUGAGUACAGCUUCAUCUAUCGGGAUUCGCCUUCGAGCUUGGCGUCGAGCGUGGCGAGCUAUGGGGUUUGGUUGGCGGAGCUGGCUGGGACUCUGCGUGGUGCGAGUGGAGGCAGCGGCGAUGGGGUCAUAUACCGCCACAAUGUCGCGCACGAUGGGUCGAUCAGCCGGCUGUUGUCGAUCUUGCAGGUGGAGGAGAUGGUGUGGCCGGGAAUGGGGAGUGAGAUUGUGUUUGAGCUGUAUACUCGCAAUCAGUGCUGGUUUGUGAGAGUACUUUGGAAGGGCGAGGUGUUUAGGAGUAGCAACCCGAGUCUGGGCGCGAUGGAUAUGCUGCCAUUGGAGGUGUUUUUGGGGUAUGUGGAUGGGUUGGUUGGUGUUGGAGCGGGAAUGGUGCCGGGGUUGUGUAAAGAGGAUGACUAG